CGCUCCCUCCCUCCCUCCCUCCCGCCCACGCCGGGUGGCCGACGUGGAAGUUGCUGGCUGACUGGAGGCUUCCAAGGAAACCGCCUCCGAGCCACGGGAGGCCCGAGACGAGCGGAGGUGGCGGCGCCGGGGAUCCAGUAGAGUCGCUGCCGAGUCCGGGGCCUGUCUCUGACGAUCGACGAAGGCGGACAGGCGCUUCAUCAUGGGUGGCUUUUUCUCAAGUAUAUUUUCAAGUCUAUUUGGAACCCGAGAAAUGAGGAUUUUAAUUUUGGGAUUAGAUGGAGCAGGAAAAACUACAAUUUUGUACAGAUUACAGGUUGGAGAGGUUGUUACUACUAUUCCUACCAUUGGAUUUAAUGUUGAGACGGUAACAUACAAGAACCUUAAAUUUCAAGUCUGGGAUUUAGGAGGACAGACCAGUAUCAGGCCAUACUGGAGAUGUUAUUAUUCAAACACAGAUGCCGUCAUUUAUGUAGUAGACAGUUGUGACCGAGACCGAAUUGGCAUUUCCAAAUCAGAGUUAGUUGCCAUGUUGGAGGAAGAAGAGCUGAGAAAAGCCAUUUUGGUGGUAUUUGCAAAUAAGCAAGACAUGGAACAGGCUAUGACUCCCUCAGAGAUGGCAAAUUCACUUGGGUUACCUGCCUUGAAGGACCGAAAAUGGCAGAUAUUCAAAACUUCAGCAACCAAAGGCACUGGCCUUGAUGAGGCAAUGGAAUGGUUAGUUGAAGCAUUAAAGAGCAGACAAUAAUCCAGUCCUUCUGCUCUUCUGAAAUGAAGACCACAUCCCAUGUCCCUUUGGAAAUAGUUAAGUGUGCUUCACUAAAUGUUAGAGCUGUGUAUGAUUGUUGGCAUAUACUGAACUAACUACACAUUUGUAAUAAAUAUAAAAAAUAUUUGGAUGGAAGGAUAGCUCAUCGUGAUUGAACCAACUGACUGGUCUGUAUGAUGUAAAUAUUCCUUCCUUGCUUUCUUGUAUUAUUAAGGUAUAUAUUAUAUUUGUGUGAAAUUCUUAUUCAAAUACAGUCUUAUUAAAGAAUGCACUCUUAUGGAGGGGAAAAAACCUAUUUUUGAAUGUGGUUGCAGAUUGUUUGUAUAAACACUAAUAAAUACCUUAGCUCAAAUUUUUCCCCUCUAAAAUGAAUUAAAUUUUUCAAAAAAUUUAACUCUAAAUAGAGUAGUCUAGGAACAUAGUGAGUGAUAUAGUUUUCAUUUGCUCAGUAACCACUUUAUUUAAACUGUUUCAUUUAAAGCUUUUGGUUAUAGGCAUGAAGUUGAAAUAAUUACUGAUGUAUCUUUGAAAUAGUUAUUUUAUAAUUCAGUCAAGAACCCUGUGAUGUACUAGUAGAUAGGACAGAUUGUAACGUAAUGUUUUUGUUUUAUGGACGUGUCGAGUCUUGAGUUGAUAGCUUGGCUUGCCCAACUGCUAGUAAGCUGGGAGCCGGGCUCAAAGUGAGACUUCAGGAUCAGAAGCUUGUCCCAUGAACUUCACCAUAUGUAAGUUCAAUUGCUAUAACUCCCUACAUAAAAUUAUGCUAACUGAAGUAGACUGUACAUUCAAAAUAAUGCCUGUAAAUUUAUCUGUCCAUACUAGUAGAGGUAGUAAAAAUAGUCCUAAAUGGUUAUAUUUGAUGAAUUCACAACACAUUAAAAAAAAUUUACAUUGAAGGAAAUAAAGAUAUAUUUUAAGCAUUAUAAAAGAUGUUUUUACUGUCUUUCAUUCCUUUUAUCUACUUGUAAUUGGACAUAUAAAUUUGAUUGGUGAAGUAAAAAUUUCAUUGGUCACAGGGAGAAAUUGAGCAUUCUUGGUUUUAGAAAUUAGGUUUACUCAUAGGCUAUCAAUUAUGGUCAAAGGAACUUUUCAAACUGCCCAUUCUACCACAGAAUUAGCUCCAGUGUAACAGAAGUAAAUAUAGUCCUCAGGAACUACUAAAAUUGGGGAGAAGUUUUUUUAUUUUUUAAGUUGGGUAGCAUUUAAGAUAUUAGAUGCUGGUAAAGUGAGCUUAGUACUACUGUGCCCCUCAACUUUCAGAAACACUAGGGAUUCAUUUCCUGUCCCUGACACUGUCCAAAUGUUGGCCUCUGGCCUUUCCCUCACACUUUUGGUUAUUCUCUCCACUCUAAUGAAUGUGGCUUUCUCUUUUUGCCUGUGGGAUUUACUCUUCUUAUUUUCCAGUACCCACUCCUAAUUUGUUUGGUUUCAGUGUCAAAUGGAGAAGUUCAGGAUCACUGUGAAAAUAGAAGUAUGGGAAGUGAGGCCAUGACGGGCAGGUGCUGUCCAGCAUAUGGCCCUCACCAUCUUAAAUUCUGAGGCGGGGCCAGGAAGCUAUAGCCAAGUUCAGCAUGUAGAUGAUCCUGAUCCUGCUGGUUUAUUGUGAAGAAUAAGAUGGGAUAAAAGAGCAUAUACUUAUUUUAAUAUGGUAUGAAUUAUAAGGCCUGGUCUGGCAGGAAACAACUAUACAGGUAUGUUACAGGAGUUGAAUGUUGAUAUUAAUAAAAAUCUAAAAAAACAAAAAAGAC